UCCCUCGGAGUGCAGGGCACAGCUCUUACCUCGGAAGAGAAACGGGUGCUUCGCUGCCAGCAAGAGGCUGCCUGGGCUGGGAGGAAACAACGUGGGGAUCCGUAACUCGGGUGGAAAAAAGGCAUUAGGGAGGAGCAGCCACCGUUUGAGAGCGGCACCAUUUCCAGGCAACGAGGGAAGGCCAGGAGCGUGCGUUUAUGGGUUAGGGUUGCUCUGAAGGGAUAAAGGACGAAGGUUUCCUGUGAUCGUGACGGAGAACGGGACUGCAGGAACAGGAGGGAGCCUCUUUUCCCACCAGGUGAACCUGGGAUCGUGCUAGAGUCCUUGGCCAGAGAAGAAAGGUCUGUGGAAACCUGCUGACCUCAAUAACCUUUGUGCCAGGUCUCAAAGGCAGCACUCAUCCUUCCUUGUGGCAAAUAUGGUCUCCCCCGGCAGCGACGUGAACGAGACCCACGCUCACGGCAGCAUCAGCGCCACGGUGGAGCUGUUCCAGCUGCUCACGUAUGCUCCCACCUUCGUUCUGGGGCUGCUCUUCAACGCAAUGGCUCUGUCCUUCCUGUUCUUUAAGGUUAAAAAGCUCACCGAAUCUACCGUCUACAUGGUAGCCCUCAUUUUCCUGGAUACUUUGCUGCUGUUUACUCUUCCUUUUAAGAUCGUUUCCUACCACCUUCAGAACAAGUGGAGCUUGGGCUCCGCGUUUUGCUCGUUCUUGGAAAGCCUUUACUUCGUCAACAUGUACGGCAGCAUCCUCAUCUCCCUGUGCAUCUGYGUGGACCGGUACCUGGCCAUCCGGCACCCCUUUGUGGCUCUCAGGCUGCGAUCCACCAAGAAGGCCGCUCUGGUCUGCGCCCUCAUCUGCCUGGGCACCUCAGCCGGCACCGCCUCCACUUUCCAGCUGCACGGACAGGACCACAACUUCUCAUCCUGCUUCCAUAACUUCUCCAAAAGUACGUGGGAAAACAAAGGGUUGUUCAGUGCCCUGGAGACCGCCUUCCUCUGCAGCAUGGCCACCAUGAUCUUCUGCACCAUCCAGACCCUUAGAUGCCUGAGAAAGCUCAGACACGCUGCCUGCUCCCAAAUAAACAGAGCAGAGAAGAUAGUGGUGACAAACCUCAUGACGUUUUUGGUCUGCUUCACUCCCUACCACGUGGCAUUCCUCUUGUAUUUCUUGGUCAAGAACAACGUCCUUCACAGCAGUUUACAGCCAGCCCUACGAGCCGUCCUCCAGGGCACCCUUUGCUGGGCCAACCUGAACUGCUGUCUGGAUGGGAUCUGUUAUUACUUUGUCUUAAAGGAGUCUUUGGAAGACUCGUUGCAAAGCGACCAGAAGACAUCCAGGCGCAGGCUCUGAGCCUCGUGCUGCACGGUGGUCACUGGGACGCCUGUCCUGACGGUGUCUCUGGCUGUGCAGACCUGCCACCAGCACAGCCAGUGCCGUCUCCUGCCAGCGUCCUAGGA